GGCUCUGGAGCGGCCGGGGGGACCCGCGGCGGCCGCCACUGAGCUCGGCCGCGCCCCCCGGCACCGUCCGGGACCCUGCCGGGAGCCUCCGGGACGCUCGGCUCCAGCCCCGCUGUCCCCGGCACCUGGCCCAGGGAUUCCCGUGGCAGGCGGUGAUGUCGGACAAGGGCGGCAGCAUGGACGGCAGGACGGACAUUGUCAACGGCAGCCUGUCCAGCAGCCCCGAGGACAUGUCAGCCGAGGAGGGCCGCGAGACGUCCUCGGGCAUCGAGGUGGAGGCGUCCGACCUGAGCCUGAGCCUGACGGGCGACGACGCCGGGGCCGCGCGGGGCCGCGCCAGCGACAGCGACAGCUCCGGGGACAAGGACAGCGACAGCAUGGACGACACCGGCCACUACUCCAUCCCCGAGGAGCCCCGGCACGACGAGGACGAGGAGGAGGAGGAGGAGGAGGAGGAAGAGCCCCGUGCCCGGCGCAGGGCCCCCCGCAAGCGGCCGCCCCACGAGCGCGACUCGUCCGACGAGGAGCAGGCGCUGGAGGACUGGGUGGCCUCGGAGACGUGGGCGCUGCCGCGGCCGCGCUGGCGGGCGAUCCCGGCGCUGCGGCAGCGCCAGCUGGGCGGUUGCUCGCGGUUCGUGGCUCAGGCCUGCGGCGCCCGGCUCUUCGUGCAGAAAUUCCGGCUGCAGCACGGCCUGGAGGGGCACACGGGCUGCGUGAACACGCUGCACUUCAACCAGAGGGGCACCCGCCUGGCCAGCGGCAGCGACGACCUCAAGGUGCUGGUGUGGGACUGGCUGAGGCGCCGGCCCGUGCUGCAGUUCGACAGCGGGCACAAGAGCAACGUCUUCCAGGCCAAGUUCCUGCCCAACAGUGGUGACUCCACGCUGGCCAUGUGUGCCCGGGACGGGCAGGUGCGCGUGGCCGAGCUCUCGGCCACCCAGUGCUGCCGCAGCACCAAGCGCGUGGCCCAGCACAAGGGAGCUUCCCACAAGCUGGCGCUGGAGCCGGACUCGCCCUGCACGUUCCUGUCUGCGGGGGAGGACGCCGUGGUUUUCACCAUCGACCUGCGGCAGGACCGGCCCGCCUCGAAAUUGGUGGUGACAAAGGAGAAGGAGAAGAAGGUCGGGCUCUACACCAUCUUUGUCAACCCUGCCAACACCUCCCAGUUCGCUGUGGGCGGCCGUGACCAGUUCGUGAGGAUUUAUGAUCAGAGGAAAAUCGAUGAGAAUGAGAACAACGGAGUCCUGAAGAAAUUCUGCCCCCACCACCUGGUGAACUGUGAGUCCAAAGCCAACAUCACCUGCCUGGUCUACAGCCACGAUGGCUCAGAGCUUUUGGCCUCGUACAACGAUGAGGACAUUUACCUGUUCGACUCCUCGCACAGCGACGGCGCGCAGUACACGCGGCGCUACAAGGGGCACCGCAACAACGCCACUGUGAAAGGGGUGAAUUUCUACGGCCCCAAGAGCGAGUUCGUGGUGAGCGGCAGCGACUGCGGCCACAUUUUCCUGUGGGAGAAAUCCUCCUGCCAGAUCGUGCAGUUCAUGGAGGGCGACAAGGGCGGAGUGGUGAACUGCCUGGAGCCGCACCCGCACCUGCCCGUGCUGGCCACCAGUGGGCUGGACCACGACGUGAAGAUUUGGGCGCCCACGGCCGAGGCGCCCACGGAGCUGCGCGGCCUCAAGGAGGUGAUCAAGAAGAACAAGGUGGAGCGGGACGAGGACAGCCUGCACCACACGGACAUGUUCGACAGCCACAUGCUCUGGUUCCUGAUGCACCACCUGCGCCAGCGCCGCCACCACCGGCGCCGCCGGGAGCCCGGGGCCGAUUCCCCCUCGGACGAUUCCGGGAGCUCCUCGGACACCUCUGACGAUGAGGAGGAGGGGCCGGACCGGGUGCAGUGCAUGCCCUCGUGAGCCCCCCAAAAACCCCCAAAACCCCCCAAAAACCCCCAAAAACCCCAAACCGGGGGGCCCCACCCCACUAACACCUGGAGCUUUGUAUUGACCUUGUUCAGCCCCCUCCCCAAUUCCCAGUUUCCCCCAUUUUGGGGUCCCCUUCCCCUUUUUUUCCCCCUUUUUUGGGGUCCCCCCCUCACUUUGGGGGGGUCCAGGGGGGGAUUUUUUAUUACCCCCCCCUCCCCAGUUUUUUUGGGACCCCAAUCCCACCCCUUAAGCUCUUCAAGCACCCCCUUUUUGGGAAUGGGGGGGGUCCCACCCCUUUUUCCUCAUUUUCCCUCUUUUCUCCUCAUUUUUCCUCAUUUUUCCUCAUUUUUUUCCUCAUUUUUUUCCUCAUUUUUUCCUCACUUUUUCCUCAUUUUUCCCCAUUUUUUCCCUCCAUUUCCCCCCUUUUUUCCUCCAUUUUUCUUUCCCACAUUUUUCCCAUUUUUCCCCCCUUUUCUCUUUUUUUUUCCCCCACACUUUUCCCUUUUUUUCCCACCAUUCCCCCCCACUUUUUUUCCUCUUUUUUCCCCCCCAAUCCCCACCACUUUUCACCCCCUUUUUUUUCCCAUUUUUCCCCUUUUUUUCCCCAUUUCCCAGGGGGGGUCUCCCUCCCUCUGUACAUAGCCGUGAUUUGCACUUGGUUUGGCCCCUUUUACCCCCCCAAAAACCCCCAAAACCCCCCCAAAAAAACAAAAACAAAAAAAAACUCCUUUAAUUUCCCAUUUCUUUUCUCGGGGGGGGGGGAGGGGUUCAGGGGGGUUUUUUUUGGGGGGGGAGAAAAAAAAACCCCCCAAAAAUUUCCCUGUUUAGAGGCCUAAUUUUAUAUUGUAUUAAAAAACCAAAUGGGCCUGGGAGUUCUCCCUGGCAGAGCUGUAAAAGUUGGGAUAUAUAUUAUAUAUAAAUGCAAUAAAAACCGACUCAACGAA